AUGAAUUCAAACGCAAUAUGCGGCGUGCGCGUCGCAGCUUCAUCUUCGUCUCAGGCAACUUUACUCCGCAGGUUACACCAAAAUCACAGCACAACGCCUGUCUCUUUUUUUGACAUAUACCUCCAAAGCUCGAGAUUAGGAAGAUGCAGUCAAUUAUAUCAGCCCAGAAGAUAUAAUAGCUCGGCAAUUGCUGGGGGCAAGCGCUCUAGUGGCGUUGCUGUUAGCACGCUGGUCAGCAGCACCCGCAGCAGCAGGAGAAACGGCGUCAUUACGACUGCAUUCAAGACGAAUGCUGCUCCAUACGCUACUUCUACAACUCUCUCACGAGCCGACAAAGUUAACCCACCAGCCAGUACACGUGCGCCAGAACUGGUGCUCAACGAGCGGCAGCCUGAUCAGAGCCAAUUCUCGUUUCUCUUCCAGCGUGGAAGAACUUAUCUUAAUUUCUACAAAGACGGUCUGAAAGCUAUCUGGACAAAUUGGAAUCUCACCCGUCCGAUAAAUGCCUCUAUAGCGGAGUCUGGAUAUAAGACUCCCGCUGACGCCGCGCGCGCCGGUGUUCUCACACGUAGUCAAUACCAGCUUCUCCACCGCACAAGCUACGACUUGAAACGUCUCUUUGCGUUCGGAGGCAUCUUACUUGUCUUUGGGGAAUUCACGCCGUUCAUUGUACCCUUUGUCCCGGCUCUUGUACCAGGCACAUGCAAAUUCGACAGUCUUGUACAAGGAGAGCGAGCAAAACUGGAAUUACGCCGCAGAGAAAGUUUCCGACACAUAGUCGCGCCGCUCCCUAAGCUGGAGUCCGAAUCUGACUCAAAAUCCGAAGUCGACCGUGAUGCGGUAGUGCAACAAGACGCCAAGACUAAUAAAACGAACAAUGACCGUCUCCUCAGCGCCGUCGACCGCCUCAGUUCCGCCCAGCUUCUCCACAUUUCAAACUCCCUCAACCUCCACUCCCGCCUGUACCCGGUCUCGCCUCCGACCGCCCUGCUGCGGUACCGCGUCAGAAAGUAUCUCGCGGAUUACCUUGCCGUGGAUGAUCUCCUGAUUCGCAAGUGCGGCGGGGUGUCACCCAUGAACAUCGACGAGGUCAAGCGUUCCCUAGCAGAGCGUGGCGUGGACGUACUCGGCCGUAAGGAGAGCGACUUGCGCGAAACCCUGCGCAGAUGGUUGAGUUUGACCGCGAGUAAAGAGGAUGUUGUGCUGGAGUUGUUGCUCGCUAGGCCUUCUGUCUGGCCGUCUUCAUCACAUUCUUCAUCAUCGUCUACCCCAAGUACCACCGCCCAGAAUUCUACUGCUCGACAAUGA